GGACAGGAAUGGGGCUCUACGGAUGCGGGCGGAUAGGCCGCGCUCCCCCCGGCCCGGGUAGGGUGAGGGGAAGGGGAGAGCGGCCCAGUCCUCCACGCUCCCAGAAUCCCUCGGCGCGGCCGCUCUCUCUGCCCGCCUCUAUAGUUUGGGGCACAUGCUCCGUGCGUGGGGCCGGUGCGGUCUGUUCCCGGCCUCGUCAGCACCCCCGGCACCCCCGGCAUGGCCCCCCCCACAGGUAACGUUGUGGACAGCCAGUCCCCUAGGCUGUUGGCAAAUCAGCUAAGAUGGGACCUGACUGCCGAGCAGAUAGAAAACAUGGCUGCAGAGCUCACAGAGAGAACCAAGCUUGUGUACGACCAGGUGGGCUCCCAGGAGCAGGGCGAGGUGUCCUAUGAGAACACUCUCAAGGCACUGGCAGAUGUGGAAGUGGAAUAUACAGUCCAUCGGAACAUGCUGGACUUCCCCCAACACGUCUCUCCCUGCAAAGACAUCCGUGCAGCAAGCACCGAGGCUGACAAGAAGCUCUCGGAGUUCGAUGUGGAGAUGAGCAUGAGGCAGGACGUGUACCAGAGGAUUGUCUGGCUCCAGGAGAAAGCAGAGAGCACUUCACUGAAGCCUGAAGCAAAGAGGUAUCUAGAGAGGCUCAUCAAACUGGGUAAAAGAAAUGGUCUCCAUCUCCCUGAGGAAACGCAGGAGAAAAUCAAAGCUAUUAAGAAAAAGCUGAGUGUCCUUUGCAUAGACUUCAACAAGAACCUUAAUGAAGACACCACCUACUUGCCCUUCUCGAAGGAGGAACUAGGGGGACUCCCUGAUGACUUCCUGAACUCCCUGGAGAAGACAGAGGAUGGCAAGCUGAAAGUCACCUUGAAAUACCCACACUAUUUCCCUCUUCUGAAGAAGUGCUACGUGCCCGAGACGAGGAGGAAGGUGGAGGAAAUGUUCAACUCCAGGUGCAAAGAGGAGAAUUGCUUGAUCCUCAAGGAGCUGGUGGACUUGCGUGCUCAGAAAGCCAGCCUCUUGGGCUUCAACACGCACGCAGACUUUGUGCUGGAGAUGAACAUGGCUAAAAGCAGCAAGACGGUGGCUGCGUUCCUGGAUGAGCUGGCCCAGAAGCUGAAACCCCUCGGAGAGAAGGAACGGGCUGUGAUCCUGGACCUGAAAAAGAAAGAGUGCGAGAAGCGUGGCCUGGAGUUUGACAACCGCAUCAAUGCCUGGGACAUGCGCUAUUACAUGAACCAGGUGGAGGAGACCAAGUACAGCGUGGACCAGAAUCUGCUGAAGGAGUACUUCCCCAUGCAGGUGGUCACUACGGGCCUGCUGGCCAUUUACCAGGAGCUGCUGGGGCUCACCUUCCAUCUGGAAGAGAAGGCUCAGGUCUGGCAUGAGGAUGUCCAGCUCUACACAGUGAAGGACGCCUCCUCCGGGGAGACCAUUGGCAAAUUCUACCUGGACCUGUACCCACGGGAAGGGAAGUAUGGGCACGCAGCCUGCUUCGGCCUGCAGCCGGGCUGCCUCUUGCCAGACUCCAGCCGGCAGAUCUCAGUGGCUGCCAUGGUGGCCAACUUCACCAAGCCCACACCGGAUGUGCCUUCUCUGCUGCAACAUGACGAAGUGGAGACGUACUUCCAUGAAUUUGGGCAUGUCAUGCACCAGCUGUGCUCUCAGGCGGAAUUUGCCAUGUUCAGUGGGACACACGUGGAGCGGGACUUUGUUGAGGCACCAUCACAGAUGCUGGAGAACUGGGUGUGGGAGAAGGAGCCGCUGCUGCGCAUGUCCAGGCACUACAAAACUGGAAGCCCCAUUCCUGAUGAGCUGCUGGAGAAGCUCAUUAAAUCCCGGCAAGCAAACACUGGGCUCUUCAACUUGCGUCAGAUUGUCCUGGCCAAGGUGGACCAGGCACUGCACACCCAGACGAAGGCCGACCCCGUGGAGGUGUUUGCCCGGCUGUGUGAAGAGGUGCUGGGCGUCCCUGCCACCCCAGGUACAAACAUGCCCGCUACGUUUGGCCACUUGGCCGGAGGCUACGAUGCCCAGUACUACGGCUACCUCUGGAGCGAAGUGUACUCCAUGGAUAUGUUCCACACGCGCUUCAAGCAGGAGGGGAUCAUGAACUGCAAGGUGGGCAUGGAUUACAGGAGUUGCAUCCUGCAUCCUGGUGGUUCCCUGGAUGCUUCCGACAUGUUGAGGAAGUUCCUGGGCCGUGAGCCCAAGCAGGAUGCCUUCCUGGCCAGCAAAGGACUGAAGGUGGAGAGCAACUCGCUGCCUUCAGCCUGCUGAAAAACUGCUCCAGCCUGUUUGAGUCAAGCCAGAUCCUCUGUCUACGCACCAGUCCUCUCAGGCCAAGCAAUAUCCGGUCCUUCUGUCACCGAACGCGUCCUGGGCCAAGCCCUGCCUGGAGCUGUUCCUCCAGGAUCCUGCUCUGAGUUCACCCUGGGCCUCAGGAACGGGAUUCAGCCCUGGUCCAGGGCUCUGCGGUGACAGCUCUGCAAAGGGGGUGAAUUGCCUCUGCCACCCCCCAAGGGGGAUGGGGCUGUCGGAAGCCCACACAAAUUGGCUGAACUUUGAACCCAAUGUCUGCACGAGGGUGAGUUUCAGCCUCAUUUAUAGCCGGGGAGGAGGGUGAGAGGAGUUACCAAACUUGAAUCAUUGUUUUUAAAUCCCUUCUUUUUAAGAAAUGAGACUUCCCACCAGGCUCGGCUUGCUUUGUGUCCUGGGGCAGACUUUACUGUUCUGCACAGGACAUGAGCAGGUGAGAAGCUGCGUUGUGGGUCAUGCUCUCCCCGUCUUUGGGCAGCCAUGGAACAAAGAUGGGGAGAUCCCAGAGCUUAAAAACCAUUGUGUUUACCGGAAUGUCCUGCCCUGAGCCCCUCGGAUGUUCCUGCCCUUGUGGCGGGCCUGGGAGGGGGGCAGAGAUAGCCAGCACAGCUCUUCCCAGAGCAGGGGGUCUGGGGAGUGUGGCCUGGGCCCCCUGUGCUGCCAGGCAUCCUCAAGAGGUUGUACCUUCUCCCAGGCUGUGUCAGAGCUGCUGGGACCCUGCACCCAGGGCCAGCUUAGGGCAGCCUUCUGGGCUCGAGCUGUGGCAGCGGAGAGUGUGUUGCUAUUGCUGUCACCUCUAAGCCAGGGUGGGACAGGGGAGGGCUGUGGAAAAAAUAAAUAAAAAAAAAGCGGACAGCUUCAAACAACACAGAUGCUGGGGAUAAAAAUAUCAAGUGGGCUUUGUGCCAGGCUCUGGGUGCGGCACUGAGCUGGGGGGUGGCUGCCUUGGGAGCAGCUGGGCUGUGCCACCCAUCCCCCCAGCUGUUGCCCUGUCCCCGAGAACCCUAAAACCUGUGUUCCCAUGCCAUGGCAUGGUGUGCCUCCCUUUGGUCUCUGCUCACCUCUGCGGUGUCGUUCCUCCCAGGCAGAAGGACAGCUCUGCCAACCCGUGCGGGGCUGUGGGUCAGAGCUGCCGGAGGGGAGUGCUGACCCCGAGGGCAAAGGCUAGUUGCGGGUUUUGCUCAUGUGGGAAUCACCCAUGGCCUGGGAAGGGUUUUUAGUGGCAAGUGUGUGGGGCAGGCAGGAAGGUAGGCUGCUUCCUCAGUAGCAGAGGAGAGCUGUGAACUCCCACGGGUGUGAGGGGUUUGUGGCAACGGGGUUCUGAGGGCAGGUCUCAUUCUCCGGUGUCCCACCUCCAGCCUCGGGUUGCUCUGCCUGACACCAUUUGAGGGCUGCGAGAUCGGUCUCUGCGGCUCUUGAGCACUCAGAGGGGCUGGCGAGAGGCUGAGUGCCAGCACUCACACCCACCGUCCCAGCUAGGGCUGCGCCUGGGAGCUGCCAUCCCUCCCCAGGAUCUCACAGUGCAGCUCCCUCCCUGGCCAGGCUGUUCCCUUUGCUUCUCUCAUCUUGGCCACAUCACUGGAGCAGCUCCAGCUUCCCUCCCCACAGCUGCUGAUGAGAGCAUUGGAAGAAAGCUUGCCCCACGUGCAAAGUCCUUGCUGUCACCUCCCUCCCCCAGACCCCCGGUGACAAAAGAAGGCUGGUGACACCCUUCCUCCCCGGCCCCCUCUUGCGCUGACAUGUGGACGGGUCCGUAAGCAGUGAAGCGGCUCCUUGGUGCUUGCUGGGGCCAUGUUGAGCAUCUUGUCUUUGUCCCCACCCUCUGUUAGGCAUAGGCGAGUGUCUGUCCCGGGUGCUGGCUGCACAGGGCCAGGCGCUCUCGAGUUGACACUGUGGGUGUUUUAAGUGUCAUGUUUUACUGAGCUUUCAGGGUUUUCUUUCAGACCUCUUCUCUCGAGGGAGAGAACUGAAGCUGAACAGGGAAACCGUGCACUUUUCUCCCUCUUUCCCAGGCCACAAAUAACUCUGUCCCUCCCUGCAGUAACCCCUGUGGCUGGCAGUGCGGUGAGAGGCGCUGUCGAAGGCUGUGGCCAGGCAGAGUGGGGGGACCUGGUGCUUUUCCAAGCACUGCCGUUCCCUGUGCAUGGGUGAUCCCCAGGGCACCGGGCUCCUUGGAGCUGCACCUUGUCCCCCCCUCAUCCCCAUCCUGUCCCAGGCUGGCAGGGAAGAGAGGUCCCUUUUGGGUUUGGUUGGGGUUUUUUUGUUAACCUUUUCUAAGGGCAAACUGGUGUGUGUGUGCCGUUCAUAAUGGUCACGUCCUGCCCUGCUCGUUUCAAUGACUGGAUUUUAGACGGUUCCUAGCACUAAUAAAGGUUUUCCUAAGCGGA